CCGCCGCGCAGUCUGUGAACAUGCGUCCUCUCGCUCCGCGCCUCAACCUGCGCUCGCUCUUCGCCCUGUGGCUCGCGAUGCUACAGGGAUGUGGACCCGCGGCUGCUGCCCCCAACGCGUCUCCCCUGCAGAGCUCUAACUGGGGAAACCCGAGGAGAUUCAUUCACCUGCAGACUAGCACAGAUCUCAACAACUUCUACCUUGAGAUAAGUCUGAAUGGGCACGUGCGCAAAACGGCUCAUCGGGGCUCAUACAGUGUCAUUCUGCUGAAAGCCGAGAGCAGAGACCGUGUGGCGAUAUUUGGAGUGAAAAGCAGUCGAUUCUUGUGCAUGGACGCUGAGGGGAAUCUCUUUACUUCGACGGUUUGCAACAGAGAUGACUGUCUUUUCCACCACAAGCUUUUGGAGAACCAUUGUGACAUUUACUAUUCCACAAAGACCGGCAUCCUGUUGAACCUGGACGGGGUGAAGCACAGGUACACGGCAAGUCAGAACCUCCCUCGCUCUUCGCUUUUCCUGUCGGAGAAGAACACAGUUCCACUGGAGCGCCUUAAGCACAGAGAGAGGAAGAACCGCCAGGUCGACCCCUCCGACCCCCUCAAAGUACUCGGCUUUGAGGAGGAGUCAGACUCUCACGCAGUGCAGGAAGAGGAUGCUGAGCAGGAGCUGGACCUUUUAGAGGAUCGUAACACCUCCAGAGAAGCUCUGCUCUCACCCUCUGAUGAUGACCCAUGGGACAUGAUCCAUGCGAGAAGCCCAGGCAGUCCCCGUAUGUCAGGAGUUGUUGGCUGAGGUUGUGAUCGGACUAAAGCUGGUCUGGCAAAAAGAGCACAGGUCCAAAUUGUAACCCAGCUUUAAAACAGUAUUUGAAGCACAGUGAGGUGGUGAGGUGUUGAUUUGUUUCACUUUACUUUUCUCUCUGAGUUUGCUGCUUUUGAUGUCUUUUAACGCAUGUUUUAAAGCAUCAAAGUCAGAAUGUGUCCAAAUCUUUUGAAAUGGCUUGCUGUUGUGUUUGAGGUCCUGUUGUGCCUUUAUACAAAAAACCACUUUGACUGACCAAAUUUGAGUGUUUGUAAACUGUCUCUUAAAAUUACUUUUAUACC